UAUAAAUAUCGGUAUUUAGGAAGGGCAUUUGAAAAUACAGCUCUCUAUCAUCUCCCUGUCCUUCAGACUACUUAUUGCAGCCCAACAAUCGCACUACAGAGACUUCAUAUUCACUACCCCAACUUGCAACUUGCAGAAUGACAGCCAACAUCAGCACUACCCUAAUUCUUGGGGCUACUUCUGGCAUAGGUGGAGCCUUUGCUCGUUACUUCCAUUCCAAAGGGAAGAAAGUCAUCGCCGCCGGUCGCCGUCUCGAGCGUCUUCAAAGUCUUGCCACUGAGCUGCCAGGCUUGGAUACCUACGAAUUUGAUAUCGAGAACAUCUCAACCAUCGAAUCCAAGUUCGCUGAACUCUUUACCACCUACCCUACACUUGACUGUAUUAUCGUCAUGGCUGGAAAGAUGGAAACGUUGAGUUUCGCAGAUGCUUCCACCUCAACUGCGGCAUCGAUCGUGUCAGAGAUCACGACCAAUUUCACUGCUCCGCUGGUCAUUGCUAGGAGUGUCGUUCCACAUCUGCUGUCGCUCAAGCGUCCCACAACCUUCAUUACGGUAUCUUCUGCAUUGGCGUACAUCCCACUCCGCGAAUACCCAGUCUACAACGGCACUAAAUCAGGUCUUCACCAGUUCACCGUAACUUUGCGAACACAGCUGGCUGGGACAAAUGUCAAAGUUCUCGAACUCGUCCCACCGUAUGUAGACACCGAGCUGGAUCUCCACAUCAGAGAACAGACGAUCAAAUCGCAAGGCGGAAGGACAAGUGCGAACACGCCAAUGCCAAUUGAUGAGUACAUGGAGACUGUGAUUGCUUCUUUGGAAAGUGGUGAAGAAUUGAAGGAGAUAUCAACUGGGUUCUCUGCCGUGGGAGUUCAAGCUUGGAGGGGCGCUUUCCAGCCUAUCCUAUCCCAGUUUGGGAUGACUGGGUGAAAGGUUGGACAUCAGCCGAGGUCAGAAGACCAUCUUAAGGUGUGAUUGUCCCUUGUUAGUAGCAAUCCAAUAGCUUUCCAUGUAACAAUUUGUAUCCUGGAUUCCAUGUUAAUGUUCUCGGCUUACCCCCGUGUGACCGC